AUGAAAUUGGAAUUAAUGGAUAACGCUCCACCGGGUUCAAUAUGGGCGUGUCAUCCAUCCAGAUGGAUUCAAACGAACAUUUUUACAAUGUGGUUUGACCAUUUUAUAAAACAUACAGCCCCAAGCGCUACUAAUCCUGUACUACUAGUCUUAGAUGGACAUAAUUCACAUAUAAAAAACAUAGAAGUGAUCGAGAGGGCAAUGAAUAAUUUUAUUCAUAUAGUGUGCUUGCCACCACAUAGUUUUCAUAAAAUGCAACCUUUAGACGUAGGAUUUAUGAGACCUUUGAAAACAUAUUACGCACAAGAAAUUGAAAAUUUUCUAAGAUUUCGGAUCCAAGAAGAUAGAGAUACUAAUAAAGCAACUGUUUAUCGUGUAGCUAAAUUAUUUACUGUUGCAUACAACCGCUCCGCAACAAUGGAAAUUUCUGUGAAUGCAUUCAGAAAGACUGGUCUUUAUCCACUAAAUAGACACAUUUUUCAAGAUUAUCAUUUUCCUGUUCAACCUCUAAAUCGAGAUACACAAUCAAUUAUGAAUUCAGCUGUUAACAUGCCCAAAGAACCAAUGCCUGAAGAACUAAUGUCUGAAGAACCAAUGCCUGAAGAACCAAUGCCUGGACCAAGUAAUGCAGUAUCGCCAUUCGACAUUAUGUCUGUACCUAUUUUACGACCUACAACUUUAAAUCGUGCGGGUUCAGCUUGUAUUUUAACAUUGUCACCUUAUUGUAACAAACUUAAAAAUACGCUAAAGAGCAAGAGUCAAGUAAAAGGAAAACAGAAAGAAAAUAAGAAGCCUACUGCAAGAAGAAAGCUAUUCUCUAAGAAGAAAAGCCACGAAACAAACAAUGAAAGCAGUACAGACAGUGAUGUUCAUAAAGAUGACAUAUUAAGCGAUGAUGAUGAUACACAAUGUCUAUUUUGUAAUAGCAGUUUCAAGGAUGACAAACAUGGAGAAACAUGGGUGCAAUGUACAGUGACUCCUGGCGUGGACGCAAACGGGCACUCCUUGGAUACGUGGGGCGCAGCGCAGAUUGUACUUACGGGGCUGAACAAGUUACAAGUCUCGUUACAAGCAGACCCGGAAGUUGGUCUCGCGUCCCGUGUUAGAGCGGGCUUUGAUGAUGAUUAA